AUCGAUCAGUGUGGUGCGUUCGCGUUGUUUGCUCCGGUGGUGUGCGCGACGGGUUUUUUUAACGUGAUUUGUUGCCCAACGGAGGCUUUGUUCGGUUUUUGUUAUUGGUUUAAUUUUGGUGUGAUUUAGCGAUAUUGAAGGGGAAAAAGUAUUGAGACGGUGACCCUCGCGUUUCAGCCGAGGGAAACACAAUAUUGUAACAGUAAUGCAGCCAAGGAUAUACUGGAUUGUAGCGAGCGCGGCGGUCAUUCUAGUCGGAUGCAAUGCUGCUGCUUCUACGAAUGAGAAGGAGCCGAGCAGCAAAGAAAGAUCAGCGGGUAGUGCGACUUACAACACUUACCCGGACGAUCUUUACCUCGACGAUCAGGACGCCUUGGAAGGUUCGGGUCGAGGGGGCGGCGAGGUUCGCGACGAUCUCGAGGCUUCCGGAAGUGGCCUCGGUCCUGACGACGAGGAUGGCGAUGACGGCCAUGACUUCAACAAUAUCAACAGGAUAGAAUCCGGUCCGAGCAAACCGGUUGAACCGAACGUUCCUUACAUCGAGGAGCCGCAUAUCAAGAAGCAGGAGACGCACGGAACACACUCGGUGAGCAGACCCGACAACGAGGUCGACGUUAUCGAACCGCCUGGUGGCAACGACCACGAGGACGACGAAGACACCGACGACACCCACGAGGUGUUGAUCAUGAAUCCAAAGCACGAGGAUCGUGCGAGUUCGUUUUUCGCUCAACCUGGUGUACUGGCCGCCGUUAUCGGAGGUGCGGUGGUUGGUUUAUUAUGCGCGAUUUUGGUGGUAAUGUUCAUCGUGUACAGGAUGCGUAAGAAGGACGAAGGUUCGUACGCGUUGGACGAGCCGAGAAGAUCGCCAGCGGCCCAAGCGUAUCCGAAGCCGGGUGCGCCUCAUCACAACCGUGAAUUUUACGCUUGAGGCAACGGUUUCGCUGACGUUAAAAUUCUCACGGUCAAUAAAUCGUUGCCAUCGAUGAUGGACGAGACGAAAUUCAACGCGAAUAAAUAUAUCAACGAGCGUUACUGACCGGAAGUUCAAUAUUAAAUAAGCGCGCGCGAGAGGGAGAAUGAAAUUUGCGACACCCUUUUUUUUGUCACGUUCGCAAAUAACAACUGCAGCUCGGUGAGGGGGGAGGAAAAAAAGAAGAACAAGAGACUAAGAACAGAAUAUAAAUAUAUUUGUCAUCGAUGAAUGGGAUUGUGCGAGAAUUCACGGUUUAUAUACAUUUCUCGUAAUUCAUUACGAGCUGGUAGGGACGCAGCAACAGAAAAAUACGUUUUUUCGCACUCCAAAACUCCCUCUCUCUCUCUCUCUUUCUCUCUCUCCCUCCCUCUCUUUUUCUCUCUUCGCCCUUUCUAAUAGUUCGUAUUUCAUCGCUGUAUCAACACUGAAAGAUGAAAUUCUUUUUUCGAAAUGACUUUCGAACGUCGAGCUGUUUGCAACGACCGAUUCGAUAGCGACACUCCUUUUUUGUUGUCCCUCGAUGGUUUUUUUUUUUUUUUAAAUUAAUGAAUUCUACAAUGAUGAUUAAUCGAUUAGUGAGAGAAUUUGUUGUUUGACCCUUCGUGCGGGUAAUUCGAUAGUGGGUACGUCACGAGUAUCGCGACACCCACUCGAUUAGGUGCGGCUGACGUCGUGUCUCGUUGGAACCCACUCGAACGACCCGACGAACCGUUUCGUCUAUAUUUUUAAACGGUACCUCUCGAGGAUAGAAAUAUUGCCAUUUAUCUUGAUCCUUGAAAAGAAGAUUUUUCUAUAAAUAUUUUCUUCACCUAUAAGAAUGCCUGAAAAAACUCACACUUUGACUUUCUUCCAAUGAACUCCGAAUCUCGUUUUCUAUUGUAAUUCUAUUCGGGUUUUUUUCCUUCGUUUUUUUUCUUCUUCUUUUUUUUUUUAAUUAUAUAUAAAUAAUAUACGUACGCUUUUUUCGGCGACGGGGUCGCGCGAGCCUGAAAGGAAAAUAAAAAGUGGAAAAAAUGAAUAAAGAUUCCAGAUGCAUUUGCGUAGAGCGUUUUGUGCGUACGAGGGAGAAUGACUGUCCGUCUUGUGUGCAUGAGAUAAUAUUGUCCUAUUGUGCGAAUGUGUAUAGAGAUUGAACGGAGAAUAUUAUUUUGUCGUCCAUAUUCACCCCCGAAAUCUCGCUCGACCAUCGAGAGUAAAAGAGAAAUAGAGAGAGAGAGAGAGAGAGAGAGAGAGAGAGAGAGAGAGAGAGAGAGAGAGAGAGAGAGAGGCAGAAAAACAGGGAGGACGACAGAAGGCUGCGGAUAGAGAGAAAGGGGUGACGCGUGGCUGAGAAAAUAAUAAAAACAGUAAAAAAUAUAAAAAAAAAAAAAACAAUACGGAAAAUAAUAUUGUUGCUCUGAAGCGACAAUCGCGAUUUAUAUUAAUAUACAUACAUACACACGUAUAUGUAUAUUCUCUAUUAAUAUUAAUAUUACCCUAUUGAGAUCCGAGAAGAGCCGGCGUCGCGAUUUUUACGAUAAACAAACAUUUUCACUCGAGAUAUUUAACACACACAUACACUCACACACUAAAGACACAAGCUCGACGUAGAAAAUGCGGUAAAAAAAGAUGAAAGGAAAGAUACUGUUGUAAACGACCAAUGUAACGCUGUUAAAUCGCAUGAUCGGACGUACGUAACGAUAUUUACGUCUUGACGUAAUCGAACGAAAAACGAAAAAAAAAAAGAAAAUCAUGUAAAACGCCCUCGUUUCCUCCCUCAGGACGUCCUUGUAUUUUAUACGAUAUUUUUUUGUUUUUUUUUUUUCUCUUUCCUAUAUCCUGCACGAAAACGAGUUCGAAACGAAUUUCCAUUCGUUUUGUAACUUCGUUAUUUUUUCCCCUUCUCCCACUUUUUUCUUUUACGGACGAUCGAGAAAAUUGUUUUAAACGUUACGAAGUUUAUCAAUACUUUGCAAAAUAACGUAUACGAAAAACGUAAGAAUAAAAAAUAAAAAAACAAAACUGAAUGGCGUGCGGAACGGUUUCGCGAAGGAACGCAGAAACAAUACUGUGCUCAAAAGUGGAAAAUAAUGCUUUUUAUUUAUUUAGUUUUGCACUAUAAAAGCUGGGAAACGAAGAUUAUUAAUUGUAUGGGAAAUUUCGAGGGUAAAUUGAAUAAGCGACAAUGAAUCUCGAGCUUUCCCUUGCGAUUUUUUACAGUCUCACCAAACAGUGGAAAGGCAGAAAAAAAAAUUGCGGGAUGAAUCAUGCUUUGCUCGGAAGAAAAAAAAAGAGAAAAAAAAAUAUAUGAUUCGAAAAGAGCGCACACGAGUUUCGCAAAAUAUUUGUAAUUAAUUCUAUUCGCAUGUUUGCGGUCAGAUACAAUUGAACCCAAACGAAAUUCCGACACGCCUGAAGUGAAAAUUUUAUCCUCCUAGAUAUCCCUCGAUUAUUUGUUGUUAUUUUUUUCAUUCGACGAAUUUACAAUCGGCAAACGAAUAGUCGUUGGCCCAGGAUUAAUAUACGUUCUCUCAUUGUGUUGUUCUCACUCUGUACCUAAUAUCAGUAGGUUUAAUAUUUAAUCGUUAAUUCUACGCGCAUAUUUGUAAAUUCCGACUUUAUUGUGUAAUAAUGAGAAAGUAAGAGGAGAAGCAAGAAACAUGAAUUGAAAGAAAAAUUGAUUGUAUCGAUAAACCGCGUAAAAACGACAUUGUUAUCGAACAAUCAACCGUGCCCAACCACAAGGCGAUUUACAAAAUCAAGAUUCGCUGAUAAAAUAAAAAUGAACGGAGGGCCGAUAAAAUGGGUGAAAAAGAUAAAAGACGGUUUGAAAAGAACAUUGGUAAACAAAAAACGAGGGGGAAAAGAAAGAAAAAAAAGUCAAAUAUCACGCCGAUACUGCCAUAUUAAUACUACGUAAGGUACAGCAAAUUUCGUACGAAAAUUUCCGUCUGAUCCUUGCAUCUCUCAUCCCCCUCUUCUGUAUUUUUUUCGUUUAUCAAAUAUUUCACUUUUCCUAAAAUCAUCAACAGAAUGAAAGAAAACGAAAUUAUACAUUUUUUCGUAAAUGUUAGAAAUUACGUUUAUUUCAGGCUCGAAUAACCGCCAAAUUUUCUCUUCAAGUUUCUGGUUUAAAUGAUAUAUAUAUAUAUAUAUAAAUAAGUAUAUAUAAUAAAACAGAAUGAAAACGAAUCAUUUCGUUGGUGUUAAAGAAUCUAUCACGGGUCUCGUUUUUAAUUGUCGAUCCGUUCUGUUACAUUCCGAUAUUGCACACUAUUUAUCGUUUACGAAUCCUUGCGAUUCGUUGCACUCAUUUUCCUCCCCUUUCCUCUCCCCCCCCCCCCCCCCCCCCUCCCCUCCAUCGUUAUCAACACUUUUACAAUGAUAAUGAUAAAAAUAAUCAUAAUUUUAGCAAUACAUGUGGAAAAAAUUAGCACCGGAAGCGUGGAAAAAUAAUAAAAUCUACCAUUUGUUUGCUGGGUCGAUCUUCAUUCGUACAAUCUUUUGUUGAACUCCGAAAUCGGUGGAUCGUUUAUUGAAUGAUUUAAAGAAGUUUAGUCGCUUUCUCUCUCUCCUUUCCUCCCUCUUUUAUUUGAAUUUUGUAUAAAUAGCUCGUCGUCGAAAGCGUUCCAAAAGCUCGUCCGUCAUGAGCGCAAGCGCGAUAGAUCGAACCGUCGCUGUCGCGUGCGCACGAGCAAUGGAGCAAACGCACAAAGUGCGCGCAUGCGCAAUACGCGCGUGGACGAAUUUUCUUUGGUGGAAAUAAUAACCGUGGAAUAUUGACGCUGCUUUUUUCGUUCUCCACCGUUUUUCGAAACAUGACGGUCAGUUCCGCAACGAGCCAAAAAAUCGUUCCAUUGCCUUGCUUCCUCGGUGAAGAAUCUCGAAUAACAAAUGAAAGCACAAAAACUGUGUUGGCAGGGGUCUUUUUAGUAAUUUCCUGUCUUUUCCCUCAUUCUAUGAAGUCAGGCCAAUAAUUCAUUUCAAACGAAACGAAAAUAUUCAUUUUUUCAUCCAAAUUGUUCGCGCACAUUUUUAUUAUCUCAGCCCAUCCUCCCUUUUUUCAUUUUUUUACAUAUUUCCUCCACUUCUGCGAAGCUGAAUUUUUUUAAAAGCGCGACGAAUGAAAAGCACACAGAAAAUGUGGAAAGAGGAGCGGAGGAAGAGAAACGCGUCGAUUGCUCUGUUGGAAAAUCUUCACCACGCAGAUUACAAAAUUACGUUGCGAAGGCGGCGGAACAAAAAGCGAAGGGAAAAAAUAUUGAAAAAAUCAUUGUUAGCUAGUAAUUAAUUGUCCGGAGUGGGUGGAGAAUAAAUGAGUGAAAAACGAGCCAUUUGAGCGCCCGAGCGUUUUGUCGAAAAUAAAAUAAAAAAUAAUAAUAAAACGAAAUCGAUUCUUCGCUGUUUACAGCACCACCAAAAGCGAAAAACUACUCGCCUUUGGGUUUUUCAAUCCGAUUCAUGUGAUUCGAGAAGAUUUUCCACAUCAAAAUAGCGCACCCACCGCGGCUCAUUAAUAACUCGGUGAACGAAUGGAAAAAAAAAGAAGAAAAAAAAAACAAGAAGAAUAAGGAACAAAAAAAUUAACUAACAAUAUGAAUAAAAGAACAACAACAAAACUGUCUACUUUUUAAGCGAAAAUAAUAAUUGUAAUGAAAUCAUAUUUUAUAAGAGGGUGUAUUCCGUAAUUAUUACGUAUAGCGAUGAAAAAAUUUGUCGAAAAAUGAAGAACAUAAAGAAGCUGAAGAGAAAUGAGAUAAAAUUCAUUAUUAUAAUAAUAAUUAUUAUUAUUAAUAACACAAAGUAACACGAGGUUUAGAGAGGAAAACAUAGGCCAGGUGGACGAAUGAAAUAAUAAUUUUAAAUGAUGAAUAACGGAUAAUAUUUGAAUGAUAAAGUUAAUUAUAUAUGUUAACAAUGUUAUUUUCUAAGUGUAAGUAAAAUAAUAUUAUUACCUCAACCCCUUUCCCUCUAUUCUCCUCAAUCCUCUACCCAAGCUUAUGAUACAUAGAUAUAUAUAUAAAUCAUGAACAGACUCAGAAGAAUACAUAUGAGAUGUAUAUGAGGCAUUUCGUGCCGUCAAUUUCGUCCAUCAUUUUUUCCAUUUCCUAAUUUUUCGAAAAAUGCUUAAUUCACACAAUAAUUUUGCGAACUAUAUUUUCCGUAUCGGUUUUCAAGGAGCAGAAAAUUUCGCUUACACUUUCCAAAUGGUGCUUCAAAUUUUAUUCCAAUGUUGAUGAAUAUUUGAAGAAUAAUUUGAGGAACAUUUUUUCGGGAAAAAGUAUUGCACGAAAUGCCUCGUGUAUUAUUAUGAUCCGCGAGUGCGAUUGAUCGAAAAUAUAUUUCGAUUUCUUUUCUCGAUCAUGCCCUGUGUUCGUUCAGCCGAUCGUCUUUGUCCCCUGAGGAGAAAAACAGUUAGAAAAACUUUUCGACGAUCUGCGAUUUUUGCAGAAAAUAUUCGUAUCCGAAAGAAAUAGUUUGCGUUGCUUGCGCUCAGUACGUUAUUAUUAUUAUCAUUAUUAUAUUAUUAAUUAUUAUCAUUAUCAGGAAUUAAUAAUGAUAAACGACGUUAUCAUUGAUUAACAGAAAAUGAAUAAUAAUUGCACUAUAUUAGUAUGGAUUAAAAAAAAAACAAACAAUACUGUAUGUGGUCGCUCCUAUUCUGUAAAUAAACACUUUAAUGUAUAAGGUACGAAAAA